CUACCCUCUUAUAGUUUCGAUCUCUUCCGAAACGCCAUAUCUCGAGGACCUUUCAACAAAGGAAAGCUCUUGGCUCGGCAGCUUACCGUGGCCACAGGGGUUACCCUUACUCAAGUCGACACGCUGUACAACGCCUUCGAGUACUUUGAACAAGACGACGAGUGUCACAGUGGAGCAUGCUAUGACGGAGCUCGACCGCCCCCGGUGCCCGAUGGAUCGGAGCAGUACGUUCUCUGUUGCAUGGGAGGGAACGGCCAGCACUGCUUGCGAUACGACUACUCCCGGGCCUACAGCGCGUUCAGCAUCAAGGAGAUGGGCUUCUUGGGUGUGGUCAGCGUUAACGUCACCAGCAACCAGAACGUCUCCACCCUUCGCUUGGCGCAGAGGAACUUCAUCGAACAGAAGCCCUCAGUUGUGGGCUUUUUGUCGUGGUCGGCCCUCUACAACAACCCGGUUCAGUCGCAGCAAAGGCUGCUGUUCUUGUCGGGCAAUACCAGCGGGGCCGACGACUGGAGGAACUGGUUCUGGGCGUACAAGACGGCGCUACCCCCCAGCAUCGGUAUCAGCGCUGACACGUGGAAGGCGCAAGCAACUGACCAGUUUGCUGAGCUGAAGCAGAAAACGCUGGACCAAGUAUUCCCCAUUGCGGACUGGAGCGGCUUCAGUUACUCCUCCGGAGGGGCCAAGGCCAUGUUGUCGGUGCCAGGCAUCGCUCGGACCAACAUCGUGCUCCAGAUCGACGACGUCGAAGUCGCCGCGCCCUAA